AUGGCAAAAAUCAGAGGAUUCCGGCUCGGUCGCCGCCUCGUCAGCAUCUUCCGGCGGCGGAGAUCCGCCGCCUACCACCGUCUGGAACCCCCGGCGGGGCCUGUCUCCAAGCUCCGCGGAUGGCUUCACUUUCUGGGUCGCAGGGCCCGUCGAGCCAAACCGGGCGGCUACGCACGGCUCGGGAAAGAGCCGGCCGAGCGGCGGCCCAAUAAGCCGCCGCCUAAGGGCCACAUGGUGGUGUAUGUUGGUGAUGGGGAGGAGGAGGCGUGCCGGGCGGUGGUGCCCGUCGUGUACUUCAACCACCCGUUGUUUGGGGAGCUGCUGACGGAGGCCGAGAGGGUCUACGGGUUCGACCACCCGGCCGGGAUUAUUCAGAUUCCGUGCCCGAAAUCCAGGCUGGAGAGUGUACGAACGAGGAUAGCCGCCACGAGCGGCGGCGGUAUGUGGCGGAGGAGGUGGAGUGGAGCUAAUUCGUGA